AUGGUGUAUUUCUUCUCAUGUCCUAGGCACCCUUCUCGUCCAUGCUAUCGCCGAUUCGAGUCGGGUACUCUGUUAUCUGGCUUAUCGCGAACGUGGUCGGCGGCUUCCAGCGCUGAGGUUUCAAAGGCACUGAAAUUCUUGCCAACCCUGCAAGACCUGGGCUAUUCUGACGAGGAUGCAGAGGCUGCCUACGUGGACGACCCAAGGAGCGCCAUGGUUUGGGAAGGUGGAGAAAAUGCAGCAUGGAUUCGGCUCCAAAGAUGGAUGUUCGAUCAUGAUCGUCUGAAAGACUAUCGUGAUACGCAAAAUGGUAUGCUAGGAGAGGAGGUCGGCGGAUUCUUCGAAAUUGAGCCCUUGGAUUGCAAGAGGCUGUAUCUCUGUCAGACGAAUCUGGAGUGA